GGUACUGUAGAGCUCAACAUGUUCUCAAACCUCAAAAGAAUUAUAAUGCUAGAUCUAUCUCACAACCGCCUAUCAGUAGUCUCCAAUCCCAAAACCAACUCGACAAGUUGGUCUGAAAACUUACUUUGGUUGGCGUUAUCGUCAUGCAAUUUGACGAAUUUGAAUUUUUUAAGAGAUUCAAAGUCCCUUUUUUAUCUAGAUCUUUCCAACAAUAAAAUACAAGAAAGAAUUCCAGAAUGGGCUUGGUCAAACUGGCAGGACACAUUGUGGUAUCUUUAUCUAUCCCACAACUACCUCACUAGUGUGGAAGGAAUUCAUCAACUUCAUUCAAUUGAUACUAUUGAUCUCCAAUUCAACUUGCUAGAAGGGUCACUUCCUAUUCCAUCAUCUCCCUUCUUAGCAUAUUAUUUUGCAUCACAGAACAAACUCAGUGGUGAGAUGCCUUUCACUGUAUGCAAUUUAAGCAAUGUUCAAAUUCUAGACUUGGCCAACAACAAUUUAAGUCGUGCAAUCCCGCAAUGUCUUGGAAACUCUAGCAAGUUUUUGGAGGUACUGGACCUGCAUAACAAUGAAUUCCGUGGUUCCAUUCCUUCAACUUUUUCCACAGCAAAUCAAUUACAUACUCUUAAUUUGAGAGGAAAUAAGUUGGAAGGAAGAAUUCCACGAUCUUUGGCCAGUUGUAUUAAUUUGGUAGUUCUUGAUCUUGGAGAAAACAACUUGAGCUAUAUAUUCCCCGAGUGGUUGUUAACACUCCCAAAAUUACAGGUACUUAGUCUGAGAUCUAACCACUUCCAUGGCACCAUAACUACUUCACCAACUAAACACCUGUCUUCUCAGCUAAAGAUCAUUGAUCUCUCCCACAAUGAGUUUACUGGGAAUUUGCCGGUUUGGUUGUUCAAGAGCUUUACUGCUAUGAAAGACACCGAUGAAGAUAGAAAGCCACCAAGUUAUUUAGGGGAUCAAAGCAACAGGUACUACAAAGACACUUUGGUGCUAACAUGGAAGGGAAGCAUGCUUAAUUUUGUAAAAGUCUUAACUGUGUUAACCACCAUUGAUCUCUCAAGUAAUAAAUUUGAAGGGGAAAUUCCUGGGGCCAUAGGACAACUUCUUUCCCUCCGAGGUUUGAAUUUAUCGCACAACAUGUUGUGUGGUAGUAUCCCCCGUUCUUUUGGAAAACUAUCCUCGUUGGAAUCAUUAGACCUUUCCUCAAAUCAGCUUGUGGGGGAAAUUCCAAAGGAGUUGGCACCUCUUACAUUUCUUUGUGUUUUCAAACUCUCUCAUAAUCAUCUUACAGGAUGCAUACCCAAGGGGAAUCAAUUCAACACAUUUGAUAAGGGUUCUUACGAAGGGAAUGAUGGCCUGCGUGGAUAUCCAAUGACAAAAGACUGUGGGAAUGGUGUCUCAUCUCAACAACCUACUCUAGAAGUGCUCCAUCAAGAAGACAAUGUGAGCAUUUUAGAUGGUUGUACCUGGAAAGUUGUGUUGUUGGGCUAUGGUUGUGGCGUUGUUUUUGGAAUGGUAAUGAGGAGUCUCAUGCUUUUAACUCGAAAGCCUUAUUGGAUUACAAAAUUUGUUGAAGAAGAAGGAUGCAGAAUUUUGAGGAAAUUGAAGAACAGAAAGAGGUCAAAGACACCAAGGAAUGGAAGAAGAAGAAGAAACUAGGGCUUUAACUCUACUUUGAUGCAAAGGACAGAUUGCACUUCAAACUCAACACUAGUAGAUAAGAUAGUUUAAAUAAAUUUCACUUUCUCAUAUGUCCAUGUAAUGAUCUAUUAGAUUAUCCUUCACUUCAAUUUGCAAUAAAUGUUCUCUCAAUAGUAAAAUGUUUUGAAAAAUAGCUAAUUGUUUAAUGCACUUUGGUUUGCAAUUAAUAACAUGUUCAAUAAGUUGCUACU